GGCCCCGCCCCCCGGGGCCGGGUGAGCCAAUGAGGACACAGCCCGGGCUGAUCGCGGGCAGGUGUCAUGGCGGCGUGCAGGCACUGCUGCUCCUGCCUGCGGCUCCGGCCCCUGGGCGAUGUCUCCCUGCGACUGCCGGGGCGGGAUCGAGCGCUCACACACUUGCAGGUGCGAGCGCUGUGGGGUGGCUCCGGGGCCCGAGCCGUGGCAGUGGACUUGGGCAACAGAAAAUUAGAAAUAUCCUCUGGAAAACUGGCCAGAUUUGCAGAUGGCUGUGCUGUAGUACAGUCAGGUGACACUGCAGUGAUGGUCACAGCGGUCAGUAAAACAAAACCUUCACCUUCCCAGUUCAUGCCUUUGGUGGUUGAUUACAGACAGAAGGCUGCUGCAGCAGGUAGAAUUCCCACAAACUAUCUUAGAAGAGAAAUUGGUUCUUCUGACAAAGAAAUUCUUACAAGUCGUGUCAUAGAUCGUUCGAUUAGGCCUCUCUUUCCAGCUGGUUACUUUUAUGAUACCCAGGUCCUUUGUAAUCUGUUAGCAGUAGAUGGUAUUAAUGAACCUGAUGUCCUUGCAAUUAAUGGUGCCUCUGUAGCCCUCUCCUUAUCAGAUAUUCCUUGGAAUGGACCUGUUGGGGCAGUACGAAUAGGAAUAAUUGAUGGAGAAUGUGUUGUUAACCCAACACGAAAAGAAAUGUCCUCUAGCACUUUGAAUUUAGUAGUUGCUGGAGCACCCAAAAGUCAGAUUGUCAUGUUGGAAGCCUCUGCAGAAAACAUUUUACAGCAGGACUUUUGCCAUGCUAUCAAAGUGGGAAUGAAACAUACCCAACAAAUUAUCCAGGGCAUCCAGCAGCUGGUGAGAGAAAUUGGUGUUUCCAAGAGGACACCGCAGAAGUUAUUCACCCCUUCGCCAGAGAUUGUGAAAUAUGCUCAUACACUUGCCAUGGAGAAACUGUAUGCUGUUUUUACAAACUAUGAACAUGAUAAAAUAUCCAGAGAUGAAGCUGUUAACAAGAUAAGACUAGAUACAGAGGAACAACUAAAAGAAAAAUUUCCUGAAGUUGAUCCAUAUGAAAUAAUAGAAUCCUUCAAUGUUGUCGCAAAGGAGGUUUUUAGAAGUAUUAUUUUGAAUGAAUACAAGAGAUGCGAUGGACGGGAUUUGACUUCACUUAGGAAUAUAAGCUGUGAAGUAGAUAUGUUCAAAACUCUUCAUGGGUCAGCAUUAUUUCAAAGAGGACAAACACAGGUGCUUUGUACUGUUACAUUUGAUUCAUUAGAAUCCAGCAUUAAAUCAGAUCGAAUUACAACAGCUAUAAAUGGAAUAAAAGAUAAAAACUUCAUGCUACACUAUGAGUUUCCUCCUUAUGCAACUAAUGAAAUUGGCAAAGCCACUGGAACAAAUAGAAGAGAACUUGGGCAUGGUGCUCUUGCUGAGAAAGCUUUGUAUCCUGUUAUUCCCAAAGAUUUUCCUUUCACGAUAAGGGUCACAUCUGAAGUCCUAGAGUCAAAUGGGUCAUCUUCCAUGGCAUCUGCAUGUGGUGGAAGUUUAGCAUUAAUGGAUGCAGGAGUUCCAAUUUCAUCUCCUGUGGCAGGUGUAGCAAUAGGAUUGGUCACCAAAAACAAUUCUGAGAAGGGGGACAUAGAGGAUUAUCGUUUGCUGACAGAUAUUCUGGGAAUUGAAGAUUAUAAUGGUGACAUGGAUUUCAAAAUAGCUGGCACCAGUAAGGGAAUAACGGCCUUACAGGCUGAUAUUAAAUUGCCUGGCAUACCCAUAAAAAUUGUCAUGGAGGCCAUUCAGCAAGCCUCAGUGGCAAAAAAAGAGAUAUUGCAGAUUAUGAACAAAACUCUUUCAAAACCUAGAGCAUCUAGAAAAGAAAACGGACCUAUUGUAGAAACUGUUCAAGUUCCAUUAUCAAAACGAGCAAAAUUUGUUGGACCAGGUGGAUAUCAUUUAAAAAAACUUCAGGCUGAAACAGGUGUAACUAUUAGCCAGGUGGAUGAAGAAACAUUUUCUAUAUUUGCUCCAACACCUAGUGCAAUGCAUGAAGCAAGAGACUUCAUUAUUGAGAUCUGCAAAGAUGAUCAGGAGCAACAGUUAGAAUUUGGAGCAGUUUAUACCGCCACAAUAACUGAAAUCAGAGACAGUGGAGUGAUGGUAAAACUAUAUCCAAAUAUGACUGCAGUACUACUUCAUAAUUCACAGCUUGAUCAUCGAAAGAUUAAACAUCCCUCUGCCUUGGGAUUAGAAGUUGGCCAAGAAAUUCAGGUAAAAUACUUCGGACGUGACCCAGCAGAUGGAAGAAUGAGGCUUUCUCGUAAAGUUCUCCAGUCUCCAGCUACAACUGUUGUCAAAACUCUGAAUGACAGGGGCAGUAUUGUAAUGGGAGAACCUAUUUCACAAUCAUCUAAUUCUUCCCAGUGAUUUUUUUAAAGAGAACUUUAGCAAUA